AAGAAGAAAGACGCACCUUGAUAGAGACAGUAGCCUGAGAAAAGAAGAGAGAGAAAGAUAAUUUAAUGGAGAGAGAAAGCAUAUGAAUCUAUAAUGAUGAUGACGACGAAGGAAGGUUUCUUUAAUGGACAUCAAUAGAUGGUUGACAGUGGCUUGUCUGUUUUGAGAGUGUGUUUGAUGAAAUGCUUCAUUGGGUUUUUGCUUUUGGAUUACUCAACUGAAAUCUACUGUUGUGGGUGUUUGUGGAUAGAUAGACAAUGGGGAUGAUUGAUAUGGAGUUUGAUAAGUAUUGUAUAGUUGAUGCAAAUUGUUCAUCUUUUAUUGACAAGAAAGGAACUGUGAAGAAGAUUAAACAGGAUUUCAGUAGGGAUAUCAAUUUUCAUCGUUUUCGUAGUUCAUCUUGUAAGAGUAGUCCUACUCGGGAUUCUAGAUUGGAGGAUCUGGCUAUGAAUUCGCCAAAAUCAAGAAGAAAAAUCGAGAUAGCAAACAGGGGUGCCAAGCCUUUUACCUUUUUCGAAAUUCUCGAUUCUUGUUGUAAUUCUGAAGAAGAAGAUGAUGAUGAAGAUGAUGAUCUGAAGAUGAAAAGAAACGAUAUUGUCUUAUCUUCAGAUGGGUUUCUAGAGAUUUCCUUUGAUUCUCCAGAUGGAAGGAAAUUUGAAUCUGCAGAACAAUGUCGAAGUGGAGAAACAGAUGAUCAGAAGUUGUUGUUAAGGUUUGAUUCACCAGGAAAUUGUCUUUCGGAAACUGAAAACAACUCGAAUACGAGCACUCCCAAUUCAACAUUGGGUCGUUUUAAGGAAAACAAGUUCUUCUUAAGGAAGAAGAAGAAGAGCACACUUUGUAGGUCAUUGUUGAAUGAAUUUUCAAACACGUCGAUAAAAGAAUCCGAAUCCGAAAGGAAAUUGUUUUCCCCUGCUCAUCUGCGAGGUUUUCUCAAGGUGGAAAACAGAAACGGGCUUCUGCCCUCGUUUGAAUUCUCCAUGAACUUUCCUGAAGAUGUUCUCGUCGCUCAGACAUUGAAAACAGACGAUAUAACGAAAUGGGCAUACACCUUUUCUUCAUUUCGUAAUCGAAGAAAAUGCAGGAAAGGUAGUGGUUCUUCUUCUUCUUCAUCUAUGUUGGCUCAGAUGCAAGUUUCCAGUUCUUCAUCGUCGAUUACGGAAUGCGUUCUGUAUGAUAAUGCGACAAAAGUAGGAAAGUGCGAUGGUUUGAUGAAUUUGAAUCCAAAAGUUGAAAUUGCAGCCAUAGAGAUUGAGAGUUGGAGAGACGAGAAAUGCAUUUCGAGGAUGGGGAGAGUGAAUGUGAUUACAGGUGCAGGAAAGCAUGGUUUACCGCCGAGUGGCGAUAGCAUCGGCCCUUCAUCGUUGCUUGAACGAUGGAGAUCGGGUGGAGGUUGUGAUUGUGGCGGUUGGGACAUGGCUUGUUCUUUAACUGUCUUGGCUAAUCAUAUGUGUGCAGAUAAUCAACAUUGUUUUCAGCUAUUUCUCCAGGGCAUGAAGGAUGAUAAAACGCCAGCAUUAUCAAUGAUGGUGCUCGGGGAGGGGCAAUACUCAAUUGAAUUUCAUGCUCGUUUGUCGACAUUACAAGCAUUUUCCAUAUGUAUUGCGAUAUUGCAUUCAACACUAUUACAACACCAAGAGCACAAUGAGAAACCAUUACUAAACCGUGAUCAAAUGAAGGUGUUUGCGGAAGAGGAAGUAAACCGAUUAACAGCUGCCCAAGAUGAGAGGAGAACCGAAAUCAAUAAACAAGUUUUUGUGAACCCCUCGUUUCUUGUUAACCCACCAUUUUCGCCUAUUGCUCGUGUCUAGAGACUGAUAUUUAAUAUAUAUUUAUUGAUUUUCAGUGAAGUGAAGUGUAUAUUUCAGAAAGGAUGGUUUAUUAUGUGUUUCCUUUUAUGAUAUAAAUAGAGAAAUGUCUAGAUUAUUUAUUAUCCAU